UGUCAAACACACAUCCAUUCAGAGUAUUUUUUCUUCUCGGUUUAGAUUCUUUUCGUUUCGUUUAACCUUUUAGUUUUUAUUAAAAUUUAUUUAUUAUUUUUAUGUUAAAAUCAAUAAAAUUACUUGCAACAAGUGCACGAUAUUGUGUUUAAAUGAAAACAAUACGAAUUUAAUGUUUUAUGUGAAAUGUAAACAUAGAAAAAAUGUUUUGAAAAAAGUAAAGUUUCUAAUAUUACCGAUGAUGGUGCUGUGGCUGGUUGGUGGCUGCUCAACUUUUUUUAUUUUAAUCAAUUUAUGUGUGUAAAGAAAAAUCAAGUAAAAAAGCAAAGCCUCCGCCUUCUAGAAACGCGUUUUGUUGUGUCUGUGUUUUUAGUUUAUUUUUUUCGUUGGUCUUAAAAAAAGAAAAAAUAAAUCUGUGUGUUUAUACUUGUUGUUGGCUCUGUGGCUGGAUAGAGUGAGUGGCUGGCUGGCAGACUGACUAGCUGAGUUUUCGUGUGUUUGCUGGCUGACUGACUGUUGUUUUAGUUAGCCAAAAUAGAAGUUUAUAGUAAUUGUGGGUAAAAAUAAUAUUACCACCACUACAACAACAAUAAACUGCUCUAGCUUAGUGUAAGAAAGUGUAAGCUGCCUGUGCUACCUUUAUAUUUUGUGGUUGUUUGGUUACUACCACACUUCUCUUCUUAUUGCUUGCUAGCUGCUGCUGCAGCAGCAUCACACCAAAAAACAGGAUCAAGAUUAGUUUAACCGCAAACGAAAAAAAAAAAUCAAUUUCAAGUUUACACCGCAUACAUCAUCAUCUACGAUCCAUACGAAUAAAAACAAUAACAACAAGAGAACUUUAAUAUCCAUACACCACAUCCACGAAAAGUUGUAAGAAACAACCAACAAAUUGAUAGUAUUUUCUUUUUUUAAAACUAGAGAGAGGUGCCCACUUUUUUCUUGGAGUUUGUAUAUGUAUACUAGCUUCUUUCGUGGUCGCUCGAUAAAGUGCACUACGACAUCAAGCCCACAAACAGCAACAUCAACAAGCAACAGUAAAAGUAUUUGUGUCAGACUUGUUGGCAUAAUAUUUCAACCAUCCAUCCAUCAAUUCAUCUAUCUAAUUUAUCAAAAAAAAGAAAAAAAAAAAACUUCCAACCAAACGUUUGAUCGAUUAAAGCAAUAAAAUAAACUUUUCAACCUUUUAGCUGUUCUACUACUCACUACUACUACGUGCAAACUUGGUUAAUGUCUCUUCAGUUCAAUUUAUAUAUCGUGUUUAUUUCUGUUUGUUUGAGAUCUUCUUCAGCAUUAUUUGUUAAUUAACCGUUCGUCGUCUGUUUCUGUGUGUGCGUGUGUCAUUGUGGAAUAACAAACAAUAUGUUGCGUUUUCUAAGCCGCCGUAAAGCUCGCAACAACUAUGCGGAUAACUCUGCUGGUGCCAGUGGCAGUGGUCAUGAUCGCCCAGAUGCCAGAGGUCCCUCAGUAGCAGGUGGUGGUGCCACUUCAUCUCAUAUAAAACCACAACGUAUACCAGUUAAUAAGAAUAAAAUAGAUUGUCGUGUUAUAUUACUGGAUAAUACAGAUCUAUCCAUUGAAUGUUCGAAAAAAGCAAUGGGCAGUUUUCUAUACGAACAAGUAUUUUAUAAUUUAGAUAUUAUAGAAAAAGAUUAUUUUGGAUUGCAAUUUAUGGAUGCUAAUCAUGUUAAACAUUGGCUAGAUCCCACCAAACCCAUUAAGAAACAAGUUAAAAUUGGUCCACCCUAUACAUUCCGUUUAAAAGUGAAAUUUUAUUCCUCCGAACCGAAUACUCUACGUGAAGAAUUAACACGUUAUUUAUUCUUUUUACAAUUGAAACAUGAUUUACUAGAGGGGCGUUUAGAUUGUCCCGAUGAUAAGGCCACCGAAUUGUGUGCCUUAGCUUUGCAAUCCGAAUUAGGAGAUUAUGAUGAACAUGUUCAUACAGCAGCCACUGUUUCAGAAUUUCGUUUUGUGCCCGAACAAACUGAGGAAUUGGAAAUUGAUAUUUUAGAGGAAUAUAAAACCUGUCGUGGUUUAACACCAGCUCAAGCUGAAACAGCAUUUUUAAAUAAGGCCAAAUGGCUGGAUAUGUAUGGUGUUGAUAUGCAUACUGUUUUGGGCAAAGAUGGCUGCGAAUACCAUUUGGGUUUGACCCCCACUGGCAUUUUAGUGUUUGAGCGUGAUCAAAAAAUAGGUCUCUUCUUUUGGCCCAAGAUUAGCAAAUUGGAUUUUAAAAAGAAAAAAUUAACACUUAUUGUUAUCGAAGACGAUGAUGAGGGUCGUGAACAAGAACAUACAUUUGUUUUUCGCCUGUACAAUGAAAAGGCCUGCAAACAUUUAUGGAAAUGUGCUGUAGAACAUCAUACCUUCUUCCGUUUAAGAGCUCCCGUUAAAGGUCCCUCAGCUAGACAAAACUUCUUUCGCAUGGGUUCACGUUUUCGCUAUUCUGGACGUACAGAAUUCCAGGCCACCGUACAAAGUCGUGCUCGACGUACCGUGCAAUUUGAACGUAGACCUUCACAGCGAUUCGCCAGUCGUCAAUCCCACUUAUUGCGUGAAAGACAAAAAGCUUCACAAGAGAAUGCUGCCUCUGCUUUGGCUUCAGUUAAUGCUAGAGCUGCAGCUGCCGCAGCAGCAGCGUCCACUUCGCCUCAAACUACUGAAAAUUUAAAUAGUACAGUAGAUUCGAUAUUAUCAACAGCUACUGUAGAUAAUCAGCCAACAAUGAAUACCAUAACACCAUCACCCUCUAUACAGACGGUCAUACACAAUACGUCUGUGGCCUAUGAUGAUGCCAUAUGUGGUAGUUCGGUACAUUCAGGUUCACAACAAAAUGCAUGCGCUUCAUUAGGCCGUAAUUCGAUAAGAUCGAAUUCGAGUACUGAUGAUCCGGCUUAUAGUAAAAUUGGUUCAUUUGGUAAAGCUGGUCUAACUGUGAAAUUGGAUACUGAAUGUGCUGGUGCUAGUAGUAUUGCUCCUUAUUCACCUAAUAAUACUAAGAAUUUUGAAGAGACCAAUCCCUUCCGCAACAAUACUUCGCAUAACAAUUCAUUUGGCAAAGCUUCUAUACAUUCAGGACUUAGCAUUAAAAGUGGCUUGUCGGAUAAAGAUAAAGAGCUAGAUUCAUUACUAAAGUCCAUAGUUAAAGACCCAUCCCCAUCUGUUUUAGCCACUGAGGCCAUUAAUGAUGCUAACAGUAUAAGGGUUACUAUUAAUAAAACCUUUGAUAUGGAUCAUAAUACUGAGACUCUGAAACGUUUAUCGAAUUCCGAAAAACCUAAUAAUCAAGUGAAACUGGCUAAUGUGGGUGCGGCUGCUUUACCACCGGGUCAUAUUAAGUGUAACAUUUUAAAAGCACGGGUCGAGGAGGAGCUGGGAGCUAACACGAAUGCCAAGUUAACGAAUCAAAUGUUUGUGCCGGCAGCAACUUCAGUUAAUAGCACUAACAAUAAUAACAAUAUAACAACAACGAACAAUCUACAAAAUACAACAACUAUACACCAUAGUGACGGGCCAGACUCACUCAAUGCCACCUACAUUUCAGUUGGUGGUGAUAAAUUGACUUUGAGCAUAACUGAGCAGAAACCCACCACGGCUGCCCAUCAAAAUUCCGGUAAUAUAUUUGGUUUUACUAAUAAUAACAAUAAUAGCACUGCCAACAGCAAUACUUCGACACCAACAUCUCCAUUUGCUAAUGCAACUUUUAUAUCAGAAUUUGAAACCAAUACACCAUCAACACCCACCCAUCACAGCAAUUAUCAUCUUCAACAUCAUCAUCAAUCUCCACCAAAUUCUUUAACCAUUAUGAAUACCAAUACCACCAUACCAAUGUCCACCUAUUCAAAUCAUAAUAACAAUAACAAUAUAAGCCACGCCUCCACCUCCGCCUCCUCUUGCUCUCCUAAAAUCUCCAGCACCACCACAAAUAAUAAUACAACACCAUCCACAUCUGCAAAUACCACAAAAACUACUCUUAUAAACUCAACUACAAUACAAUCAAAUUUGAAUUCUUCUUCAACAAUGUCCAACACGUCCACGUCCUCUCUAUCGCCGAAUUGUAAUAAAACUGAUGCAACCACCUCUACUCCUAAACCCACCACUCCAACUUUAACCUCCACAACAGCAGAAAUGUUAAUAAAUGAAAUUUUCAUUAACAAUAUUAUCAAUAAUAAUGUAAAAGCCAGUACGGAAAAGCAUACAAAUGGCAGUAACGAAGUUGAUUCAUCGACCACAUCUUCUGCUGCGACACAUCAAAUGUCACAAACACCCUCGGUGGGUACUUUACUGUUUUCCACGUUGAGUGAACAGGAACGUCAGCAAAAGCAACGUGAUGCCAUUAAGCAACAACAGUCUUGUAAUGAUAUUAUUGAAAGUAUACACGAUAAAAAGCCGCUAACACACAAACAACAUAAUAAUCAUUAUCAUCAGCAGCAACAACAUCAUCAUGUUAUUACAACACAAAAUGAUGCAAUGGUAUCACCCUGGCUGGUAUCAGCGGAAGUUGUAUCGGCGCCCAAAGGUAAGGAACCGACGAUUAUACGAAAAUCUGUUAUAACAACACAGUUGUAAACAGAAUUUAAUUAUGUUGUAGUUUUUUUUAAUAAUAAUUAAUUAGAUAUUAGUUAUAUUAUCUAUUUGUUUAACUGAAAUAUUUUAAAUUUAAUUAAAACUUCAUCUACUUAUUUAUUCAUUUAACUUAAAAUGAUCUUGAAAUUUAAAAUUAUUAUGUACUUGAUUUCUACAAUAUAAAAAUAUUUAUGUUAUAAAUUUUAUUUAAAUAUACUUUUUAAAGUAUAUAAAACAAUUUAAGAAAGAAGACAAUGAAAGAAUGCAACGCAACUUUAAAAAAGUUAUAUUAUUUAUUUAAUAAGUGCCUUGAAAAUAUGUAUAACAAUAUGACAUAUAAAAGAAAACUUAAUGCAGCUAUUUUAAAUUGUUAUAACUUUAAACUUAAUUUAAGUACUUAAAAUAACUACUUCCUCCACAUUAACAAAAUCCAAAAAGACUUAAAAAACGAAAAAUCCCACAUUUUUUUAAUUAACAAAAAACAAAACAAAUUAUUUUUUAAAAAGAGAACAUAUAACCAACGUUUAAAAAGGCAUUUAUUUGUAUUUAUUAUUACAUUCCUUGUCAUUUAUAAAAUUAUAAUAAUUUUAAUUUAUAAUUUUGUUCGAUUCCUUCCAAUUUAUUAUUUUUCAUAAGUAGUUAAUAAUUUUGAAACAAAUUUAAUUCGUUAAGUACAUUUGUUGUCCAUUUUACUUAUUUCUUCUGUGUGUAACGUUUCUCAAAUUUCUAUUUAAUUAUUAUUAUUAUUAUUUUUUAUUAUACAUUCGAAUGUAUAACAGUUUUAGUAUUAUUUUUUAACGGCAAUUA